AUGGAGAUCGUGUGGCAAACGCCGGCGAACCCGCCGGAGGCCAAGGACUACGUCCGCCGCAACGGUAAAUCGGAAACCCUGAUCUCAGCCGCCACUAAAUCGGCCUCCUUACUUCUCUAUGGGCAUCAUUGCUUGUGUUUUCAUGUGAAUGAUUUGUGUCGGAGGCGGGAAUGGUGCAGGGAGGCGCUUUGUGAGGCCGUACUACUUCGAGUUCAUCUCCCACGUAAGGUUCCUUCCCCAUCCUCUCUUCCUUCUUGCCUUCUCUGAUGAGGUUAUUAACUCGUGUUGUUCUAGCGCCUGCUUAAUCUUGUUCGGGAAAUUUGUGUAGGUUAAAAAUCGAUGGGCGGGGAAGACAAUUGUGGACAUGUUUGCUGAGGAAUUCAAGGGACGGCCUUAUGAAUACUUCGUACGGACUGACAUCUCUCUCUCUCUCUCUCUCUCUCUCUGUUUAUCACUUUCUCACGCACAUACGUGGCGUAGAUGAACCAGAUAAUCGAGCUAUUGUUUUGGUUGUAUUGAUUUACAGAAGGGAAAAUCAUGUCGAGUCAUCUUACCGUAUAUAAAUUUAUAUUGGCACCCAUUUCCUAUAAGUAACAAUCCCAUGUUCUAUCUCUGUUUGGGAAAAGUGUACCUACCAUUUCUAUGAAGUAACCUGCUCUCCGCAAACUUUUCUUUUUUCUUGAAACAGCUACACAGCACAGUACAACAAAAUCGUAGUUGUAAAUAAAAUUGACAUUCUCAACAUUGAAAUCAAUCUGACCUGUAUAAGAAAGAAAACUUGUUCAAUAAAAUAUAUUUCCCUUGUCUCUUCUCAGGUUCCUUUUAGUGCACUAACUUUCAGUUUAAUUGUGCUUGCCAGGUUAGUGCUGUCAAAUCUGGAAGGAUCCAAGUAGACGGACAAAUAGUUCCUAUAACAUAUGUUCUCCGGUCAUCUCAGAAAAUAAGCCACUUUUUACACAGGUUAUUUCAUUCUCUAAGUGCUCUCAGCUUAUGUGUAACUCAGGUUGUUGUUAUAUCCUUAAAUGUGUUUAAUACUGAGCUUUAGCCAUUUUAGUGUGUGUCCAUGUUUCACCUAUAUGUUUUUAUUUAGUAUAUUCAGUGGUUUUUAGUUACCUAGGAAGUCAUGAUGCUGUCCAUAGAACUGGAUCAUCUAUCUUUUUGGCUCAUGGUUCCCCUCACUUAUUGGCAUUUUAAGCCAAUUACCUUGGAAAUUUCUUCUAGAUUUCUAGUUUCGUGGCUGCUAUAGUUUUCUGCAAUCCUUAAUUGCAGAAGAAAUGCAUUAAUUUUACACCCUUGUGAGCACCAAAGAUGUCACUUUUGUUCAUUAGUUCUAAAUCCCAAGCUGAACUAUUUAUUCUCUUAGUUUCUCAAAAAGAUUAAUAUAGUUCAUACUUUUUUUAAUGAUUUUGGUGUUUUUUGUUCAUUGAACUGUCUUUAGAAAUAAAAUUCACGACUAUGUCUUUUAGCUUCCCAGGCAUGAACCUCCAGUGAUGGCCUGGGAUAUCCCCGUCCUUCAUGAAGAACAAGAUAUUUUGACUGUUUGCAAGCCAGCUUCUGUUCCAGUACGUUAAUUUCAUUUUACUCCUUUUUUAUGAAUAAUUGAUCUCCCUCUCCACUUUCAUUCCAAGUUCUUAUUUUUCGUCACGUGCUAUUAUUUUAAAUGAUCUUGUUCCAUGCAUUCUUGGAUCGAUGACAUUUGGGCUGAGCUAUUCAGUGAUUGAGAGUGUAAAAUGUAGAAUCUGGCAGAUAAUCCCUUCAUGAAAGCUUCAUAUUUAUUUGGAACAUGGUACAACUCUGUCUGAAGUUGAUGUCUGGAACCUUUCAGAUCAUUCUUCCAUUUAAAGAAUCACAUGGAAAUUCUUAUAAUGAUUAGCCAAUUAGUAGAUGUGUUCAAUUCAUGCAGGGAGGGAACAUGAUAAAGUGUAGUAAUAAAGGACGAUGACUAGAUAAGCACAUCUAAGUAAGAAUGGCAAUGUGGAAUCUAACAAAGAACCCCUUCAUGAAAUUUAAUUCAUUUUCUGUUUGUAACGUGAUACAACUCUGUCUAAAAAUACAUAAUUACAAGUUGAUGUUAGAAGUUUCUCUAAUCCUUCUUCAUUUAAACGUUUUCCAUUGGAAGUUUGAUGCUAAUAACAAGAUGUCUUGUAGGUUGAAGAAAUCAAUGAAACAGGAAAUAUCCCCUGAUGUAGUCAAUAUUCCUGACUCCUCUUCAUUUUAACGUAUCCUUUGGAAAUUCUCAUGGUAAUAACAAGAGAUCUAGGGAGUGGAAGAAAUCAAUGAAACAGGAAAUUCCCCUUGAUGUAGUCCCUAUAUGAGAGUCUUUCUUUUGUGGAUUAGAAAAUUUGAGUACUUGGUUAGAAAGAUAAAAUGGACAAAACGGUUGACGAAUAAUAUCUUUCACUAACCAUCCGGAAAGAGGAAAUAGUAGAAAGAUCUCCUAAGUAAUGAGUUGCGGACCAGCAGAUAAUAUUACAUGUUGCACUGUGGUUGGCAUUUUAUAAGAUGACUACCGAGAUCUGCAAAGGAGACCGUCACAUCUGUCUUAUUUCAGCCCAUGAAUCAGAAGGAAUUGUUGAUACAUCUUCACAUGAUGGCUUUCGAACUAGAACGGGAACCGUACUUUUGACUUUGGCAGUAGAACCAGAAGCAUGCGUGUGAUGAAAAAGCACUGAUGGUUGGGGCCAUUACACCAGUUUCAUGCUCAUGUAUCAGCAUGAGCAGUGGUGGCAGGCAUGCUGACCAACAUGUUGUAGUGGUAUCCUUGUUGCCGGUGAUGCCACGAAAACAAUGCUCAUAUCUAAUGGUUUUGAACACUUUUGAAGUGUUGCCAGGAUCUAUGGCAACUUCCGUUUCUGAUAGCCCUCUGUUGAUUUUGCUACCCGACCAUUCUUUAGCCUUUUUAGAGGCGAUAUUUCUCUGUGGCUAUGGAGCAUAGCUGAAGUGGACGAUAUAUCAGGCUCAGGAUCCUAGUUGGAGUGACGUGGGAAUGAACCACGAGCACAUUCUAGGUUACACUAAGGAUCCUUGAUUACUUGUAAAUUGGUGUUCUUGGUGGAAACCAAGUUUUCCUUGUACCGUGGAGUUAAUCAGGUUAGAAGAUUAAUGGAAGGUUAAUUUAGCUCAUUUAUCAUAGUUUAAGCCAUAACUAUAAUGCUCUAAUCUCCAUUGCACAAAGUGCAAAUAUAACACAAUCAGUGGGGGUGGCAAUAAUUUGUAUUCGUAGUGGUGAAUAAUUGUGUAUUUAGAGUACAACUAAGGGGAAGUUUAAUGUGCAGCAUGCAAAGAUGGGAACACCCAUGCUCAGGUUCUGUCACGACAAGUUCUUAUCCUGCCUUCUUACAUGGUCUUGAUUUUUCCUCUAGAGCUUUCUUUUGAUUUAAUCUAAAACUGAUCUAAUGUCUGCUAUAUGUUGGAGUCAUCAUGCAUUUUUUCUAGUCUUCUUGAAACAUCCUGACCCUUCAUCAGUGUUUUUAAUAAACUUUAAAAUGAAAUGUAUUUUGAAAUUUUUAAUUUUAUUAGCUUUUCGGUAGCUAUCGGCAAUUAUAUCAGUUGACCUAGAAAAAAUAUAUUGAAUUUGCCUUAUUUUCAUAUGGGUAAAAAGAAUUUAAAUGAUAUAGUUCCUUUUUUACGCAGGUGCAUCCAUGCGGCCAGUAUCGUAAGAAUACUGUUGUUGGGAUUCUGCAGGCUGAAAAUGGCUUAGCGCCUCUGUUUCGUAUCCUAAUAAGUCCAAAUGAGAGAAUUUUUAUGAGCAUGAACUUGUGUGUGGGGGCUGGUCUUUUCCGUACUAUAUUAUUCUUAAGUUAUUUAUAUUCCUUGAUUUUACUAUGAUUUCCUUGACGAUAAACUGAUUUUUUCAGCUGUGCAUCGCCUAGAUCGUUUGGUCUCUGGCCUUCUUAUUUUUGCCAGGACUGCUGACAAAGCGGACCAACUCAGACAACAGGUUAUGUUGUAUCCUUUUGAACUCGUUUUUAAUCUGUUUUUUUACUGGAAGCCGGCCAUUCCUAGUAUCACCAGAGGUGGCACACUUUGCAUACACUUUAAUAUUUUUUCUUCUAUUGUUCUGUUGCUUGUUACACGGACAAGCAUUUUUUCUGUGAGCUAAAAUAUGGAUCUUCACAUUUGCGUGAAGACCUUAAGUUGUCAGAUCUCUAAAACGUAGCUUCUCUACACUUAAAAGUUUUUCUUGGAAAACAGUUUAUUUGAGUUCGUCUAUCUUUCCUAGACGUCCUAAUAAUUUCUCUUUUGCUACAGAUCGAGGCAGGACUGCUGCAAAAAGAAUAUAUUGCUAAGGUUAUUGGCGUAUUUCCUGAAGGAGAGGUACUCCUCAUCUUCCGUUGGCUGAAAAAUUGGCAACUUAUAGUAUCCAUCUGCUUGUAAGCCACUACUUAAUUCCACAUCGAUUUCAUCUUUGAGGAAUGGAUGAUCAUUCUCAUACCUGAUUGAAAUAAUUAUCAGGAACUAUGAACGUAAGUUAAGUUGGUAUGUCAUUACUCUCAAUGAACGUAUUUCAUCUCACUUGGGCAAUCACAAAAUUAAGAUCGUCCAGAAAAAUCUCUCUUGAUUGAAAUGAAAUAGUUAGAUUCCUGUUAAGUGGUUAGCUAACUACGUGAUUAGGAAUUAAUUAAUUCUGCUUAUCCCUUACGUUCUUAGUACGCUUUUGAAAUGGUAUAUUACUAUCACACUGAAACGAAAUGUUAGGCUUUUAAUUUCGGUUGAGAAUGGGCCAAGGUCAAGCUAGCCUCAGAAACUGGCGGGUUCAACCUUUUCCGGAACGAAUUAGAACAGAUUAUCUGGAAUGUAAUCCAGCCCAACCUUGGUUUACUGUGGCCUCGCUCUAAGGGCAAGAAGCAUUCACCACCAAGGUGACUGACACAAAAUUUACAAUGGAAAUAAGUAUAACGAAGAUUGAUAUUGAAGUUCGAACCUGACAGUGGAUGUAUAAGUUUUGUAACAGAUAGUGUGGUUAUUUGUUUCUGAAAUUAAAUGCUUCUUUUGUUUCUACUUUUGUCUACAGGCGUCUACAGUGAAUUUUUCAUGUUGCUUUUUUUUUUCUGCAGCAAGUUGUCAAUGUAAAUGUUAACUACAAUGCCCGAGAAGGAGUGAGCACAGUGGAGGUAUCUCUCUUCUCUGAUUUCUUGGUUCCAUAGCUUUAUUUAAUCUCGUUUAGAACUGACGGAAUAGCUUUCUUUAGAAAAUCAAUAUAUGCUUUCCUCUUAGUAUAGCGCAAUUUAUGUCACUUCUGGCAUUCUCGGUUUUGCUUUCAAUGCAGUAACUUGAUCCUAGUGCCAUUCCCCGGUGGAUAAGCUAAAGUUAUUAUCAACCAGCCUGUGUUGUAUCACACAGAAUACCUCAAGGUUUGACGAAUAAUAUUUCCCCAAUUAUGAUAAGAACAGCUCUAAGUUUUCCCAAGAUGGGCAGGUGAUCUCAAAUUGUGGUAAUGUAAAAAUUAAGUCAUAUGGUUGAAAUAUAUAGACCUGUUCAAUUCGUGGUCAACUUUCUUUGCAUUGGGUGCCAUUUAUAUGUAUCAUGUCCGUCUUCGUUAUCCAUAAUGUAUGAGUUGAAAAGUCAGACCGGACAUGAAGAUGUCUUUUUACAUAGUUUCAAAUUCAAUGACAACUUAAAUCUCCUGGUUAACACCUACGAACUAUUAUUAAUGCCAAAUGGAUACUCAAAAGCACUCUUGAAGGCUAAGUUGAAACACACUCGAAGGUUUAGUUUUUCUUCGUAACUGUUAGUAGAAGGAUGACUCUCUGAGUUCUUGAGAUAGAUCAAAAGCAUCCAAUUAUGGAAAUACUGAAAAAAGAAUGGUAGUAUAAGUUCACCCACAUGGGCAUCAAGGUAUUUGGUUCCUCCAUCAUGUUGCAUCUAUCUUUCCUGCCUAACUACGCCGGAUCCUUAGGUUACAACAAUCUUUUCAUAUGUUAUGAUCCACUGGGUUUGACUUUUUAGUUGAGCAAGUCUGGGAGAUGCCCGCUCCACCUGGUGAUUAACUUACAGACUCCUUGUGCAGGCACCUGACCAGUCUAAUUCACUACCUCUCAAGGGGAAGACGGCCUCCACAAGGUUCACCAGGAUAUGUACUAAUGGGCACCAUAGCAUAGUCUUGUGUAAGCCCAUCACCGGACGGACCCACCAGGUAAAAGAGCAGAAAUUUUCAAAUAAUAAAUUAGAUAAACUUUCUGAAUACUCAUUUUUUAUAAAAAUAAUUCCCAUGUGAAUUCCCCGUUGAUAUUGUUAUCUAUUUUAAUAUUGUAGAUACGAGUUCAUCUCAAAUAUACAGGCCACCCCAUCGCCAACGACAUGCUCUACCUCUCCAACAGUGCUACUAUUAGAUCGUCUCAAGGAAUGGGAUCUGAUAGAACAGCUAGAUCAGCUGCAUCAAGAGCAACUUACAUGCCCGGUUUUAUUCAAGAAGAACUUGAUCUAAUGGGUGGACAUUCAAACCCUGCCGAAGAAUUCAACAUCGAUCCUAUGUGUACUCACUGCCCAAAUCUUGCUCCCACCGGGUAACACACCUUGGCUUACAGCUUCAGAGAUCUUUCGCUGUCAGUGGAUUUUUCUUUUUUGUGAAUUUACUGUGCAAAGUACAGAAUAUGAUGAAACAGUACUCGUUCUGCAAUUUAUUAUCAGAAUAAAUUGGAAUAUCGCUUUUAUUAUUACAUGAUAUUCUUUUCAAUAUUGAGAUGAUAAUUCUGUUGAGUACAUGAAGAUUUCAAGCGUGAUCCUAGAACCAGAAUUCCUUCUCUAUCUGGGCUUUCCUUUUGCAGCAACUUCUUACAUUCUGCUAGGGACUUUCUGUGAAGAUUUGCUAUUAUGUUUCUAUCAGUAUGUGGAUCAUCUCCAUAUUUAUCUUCUUUUUACGUAGAACUAGGCUUCUGCUUACCUUCUCAACCAGGCAGAAAAGCAGAAAGCCAUCACUUUGGUGGCCUUUAAGAACUAUGAACUCCCCAAGUACAUUAACUCCGAUGCAUUCUGAUACUUAUUCCUCCAUCUGAAUUGGAUUCCUCUCAUUGGUACCUUUAUUUCAGGUACGAUGGGCUCGAGGAGGGUCUGUGGCUGCAUUGUCUCCGGUACAGUGGGCCUGGUUGGAGCUAUGAAUGUCCAUACCCCAGUUGGGCAACCCUCAGUUGUCAACCCAGGUAA